AUGGCUUCACCCUGGCUCUUGGUGCCGCUUCUGCUCGCACACGCCCUUGCGACUCGGGAUGUGACGUGCUUGUCUUCCAUCAAGGUCAUUGACGACUUCCUUUCCGAUGCUGAAGCACAGGCUGUGAUCACAGACCUCGAGGCCCAGAGUGGGUCGGAGCGCGUGCUCCAGGAAGCACCAGUGCUCGCACAGCGCCUCAAGUCGGAGCUGAGGUCGCAAGAGCAGGAGGCACAGCUCUCCAGCGCUGUGGAAGUGCUGGAGCCUGUGGGGAGAAGCCCAAAGCUCAUUCACGAAGUGUCAGGCCACGCAGCUCUAGAGAAGCGUCUUCGGGAAACCAUGACUGGCAAGGAGGCAGCGCAGCUGGAGGCGUCCAAGUCUUCAGUGCCAGUCUCCCGCAAGAGCGGCGAUGUGCAAGAGCAUGCGGAUCAUGUGACCCACUGGGUGAAUGGCAAGGUUCCGGGAACAGCCGCAGUCGCCUACCUCGAGUCUGCCCCUGAUGGUGGCAGCCUGGGCAAGCUCAUCUUCAAGGACGUCGCUUACGAGCAGAAGGUUGUCAAGGAGGUGGAUGCGAUCGCCAAGCGCUUCAUUUCCUGGGACAACAGCAAGUGUUUGCACAGCUUCAAAGCGCGCUACCAGGGCACACGACGUCUGCUCGGUCCUCUUGCAUUGACUUCGUAUGGAGACAUGGUGAAGGUGGGGAUCAUCACUCAGCCGACCACCACGACCACGGAAGCACCAGAAGCAACGACCACAGAAGAGCCGGAAGCACCGAAGAGUUACUACGGCAGUUGGAAGAAGAAGUGGUGGUCCUGGAAGAAGGGCUACUCAGGCUACCCACAGCCCAGCGCUAACCUCAUUCAGGACGGCUCGUCAGACACCGUGCACUUCAUGCAGAUCGACAAGAACGGCAGCCACAAGGAGCUGUGA